GUGAAUUCUUACAUUUUUUUCCGUCUUCAAAUAAAGUAAAAUGUCAGCUACGUUAGCGACAUACCACGGUGGGGAUGGUGAUGGCAGGGAUCCCCCUGAUCCUUCUAGGGUACCGUCGUCUUGCGAAGCAGUUCCACCUCCGGUCAGAAAGGGUCGUGGGGUUGCCGCAAACGCUAAUCUUGAAAAAAAAAGGAGAGAAGCUGGUAAGCCCUUACCGGUGGAGGUAGAUCUUGAAACCGGCAAAGUAGUUGGCACUGAAGCCAGCAAUUAUGUUCGAUUUCUUGGCCAACAAGUGAGCAUGUUGUGCCCGGGUGGUCAUCUAAAUUUUUCCGAUGUACCCCAACAAUACAAGGAUCAAGUGCUCAAUCGCGUCAGAUACUACUUUGAUAUUGAUGGGAAUCCCCACCGAGACCUACUUAUGGGGACUUUAUAUUCGGUGAUGGCGGAGCGGUAUAGUGAGCGAAAGACGCUCAGACACAAGCAUUUCAAACAACAUUACAAAAAACCAGAAGAUUGGGACACAGUUCUCAAAUUCCCCCCUGACUACUUGAAUACCGAGACUUGGAAACCGGUUUGCGAAUUGUUCGUUAGCGAGGCAUUUUUGAAUCGUUCAACUAAAAAUAAAUCGAAUCGGCAACUAAUGAAAUAUCCAACAACGCAAGGCACAAAAUCGUUGGCGUCCAUACGCCACGGAAUGGGGGGUCCUCCUGGAGAGCAUGUAGUUGAAGCAUGGAAGGAGAUCCAUGUGAAAAAACCGUCUGGAAAUUUCGUUAAUGAAUUAGCUGCAACAGAUUAUGGAGAACUGAUCAAGGAGCUUGAUAGGAAGCGACUUGAACGACAAUCCCAGAGCGAUACUGGGACUGAAUCUGAAUCUGAUACUGGUUAUCAGUUUGACGUAAUGGAAACAGUUCUAGGCCAAAGAUCUGACUAUCAAAGAGGCGUGGGUAAAAGGCUCAAGGGCAAAGGAAAGAAACCAAUCCCUCAAACUCAAUCAACGGUGCCUCCCCAACCAACUACUGAAAUGAUGAGCACCGUGGCAGAUAUAUUCUCAGCUAUGCGUGCCACUUGGGGGGGGUAAUUUGACGCCUGAACAACGUGCCCAAAUAUUUAACCCACGCUUUGACAAUUUCGUUCAAACGUAUAGUCAAUCGCAGUCGCCUGGUGGUUCGUCUUCUCAGAGUCAUGC